UGUUGCUUUCUAGCUGUUUCUUCUUCUUGGCUUAAUGACCUAUAACAUAAUGCUUGCCAUUUCUGGAUUAGACUAAAUUUAUUUUUACCACAUGUUCGAAUAGUCAGUCCUUGCUAAGAGUGAACGGUCCGGAUGGGAUUUGGAACCCAGUCGUGUCCUGUAGUCGUAUAUACACCACAGAGCUGCUUGAUAAAAUAGCUUUCUUGUUGGUAUUUAUCUAAAAUGUUAUCCACGCUGACAGUUGGUUUGGCAACGACUGUAUCUUUAGGAAACACUGAAAAAAGAAAAGGGGAAAAGAUCGCACACACUCUCUUUCUAUAUCUCCCUUUGUGCUCUCUCUCUCUUUUUAUUAAUGAAAUAUACACGAGAGUGCUCACAUUCCUCACUAUUCAUAAUCAGCAACCACAUUCAUGAUCUUACUCAAGAAAUUAUUCAACUUUCAGCCACCGAAACCAAACAGCAAAAAAAAAAACAUCAAACAAACGAUAGUGGGUACUUACGGCGCACGGUACAAAGCAUCGUUACAGUCGUUUAAUAGGCAUACUACGCCAGGCAGUCAGUCACCAAGCGGGGGUUUGGGUUCCACAGCGAAUGGCCACAGAGUGGGCUGUGCGCUGAACCGUGCGUGUUCACUUCUGGUGUUGUCGUCGAUGUUUGGACACGGUUUUAUAAGUCACCCCAAGUGAAGAAGCCCCACAAGGUGGCCACGCAAGUUUGGUGAUGAGAGAGUAUACGGCAAGACGGCAUCACCCGCUGUAGCUGUAGCGGAAUCGACGAGAAACGGAUUGGUGGAAGGGAACCAGUGUACAAUCGGGCCUGUGGUGAACCAGUCACCUCUCUAUACUCGUGUCGCAUUUUCGUUUCACAGUUUUACCGCGAAGGUUACACGGAGACCAUCUUUUGUUUCGGCUGCCUAUAACCGAGUGCGUAUCGAAAAGAAAAUGAAAAAGAGAAUGGAAAGUGCGACCAAAGAAUCCUACUUUUGAGACAACAGUUUGCGGAAGAAUCAAUCAGCCAAGGUAUAUUGGAGCCGUAUCAGGUUUAAGGGAUACCUUACAAGCUGCUUUCGGUUCGUCGGAGUGAUUGAAGUGCCAACCAAAAAAACUAUUCAACUUAUCUGUGAGUUUGGGAAUAUUGCGUCUUCCGCCGUUCCGUGGUUGGAUGCCAUGUUUCUUCCACUGGGGAUUCAGUGUAAAAGCAUCAGAACUAAUGAUUCGGACAGUGUGAUUUUCCAACGAGUAACACCAUUUUCUCGGGGUCGUUUCGAGUAAUUGCGUAUAACCGUGCGCGUGUGGGCACAGAGAGUGAAACCACGGGUGAAACGGUUUCACCAAAUUCGUAGCGCGAAUAGGAGUGAAUGUCUUGCGGCAACCGUGCAGAUCAGCGUAACUGAUUGCGCGGCUACGAUGGAUUGGCAGAAUUACGACGAAGACAUAUCGGCCAACGGUUACUACCAGCGGUUGUUGAACGAUCAUUACAGCAUCCUGGAGACGGCCACCGUCGAGGGAUGGAUCGUGUGUGUGCCCCGGUUCGGUUCCUUCAGCGAGCAGUGUCUGGUCGAUCAAGAGUUUGCCCUUGCGCACAUACUGGUUCCGAACGAGGAGCUACCGGAGACGCACUUUUUCAACCUAAACUUCCUGCAGCUCAAGCUGGACGAAAGGGCACUCACGUUCGGCGAUGUACGUGUGCGCAUUCUGUUUGAGGAAAUUUUCUACCGGGAUGGACUAAAGUACAAAGUGUGGUGUAUCGAGCGGCCGCUGCACGAUAUGAAGAAGUAUGGAGUGUACGCGGAGGAUGAUUUUUCGCUCGGUCGUUUCCUUGGCAUCGGUAGCCUUACCGAGGCGGUCGAAUUUAUACGGACCGCCGCCAAGAAGAAGGACAUAUUCGGGCGGAUGGAUGGGAAGGUGCAGCAGUUCGUACGUGCGAAUGGUGACUUUGCUAAGUGGCAGUUCGAAGAGCAGAAAGCCGCUGUGAAGAUGAUCUACGUCGAGUGUCUGGAUUUGAUUCUGCAAAACCGUAAGCUGAAGGACCGGUGUCAGCGGGACAUGCUGCUGCGGGGUAACGUGAAAGUUGCCAUCGAAACGUACGUGAUGGAUAAACUGUACGAUCAUGUAAAAAACGUGAUCGACGUGUGUCGAUCGGAGCAAGCGGAAGCGUUUAACAAGACGCUGCGCAACUUGGGCGAUGUGCACUGUACGGAGUUUGAGGUAGCCCAACGGUACGGUGAGCUGAUUCCGCUGGCGAAAAAGGAACUGGUCAAGAUUGAUCACGCGCGUACGGUGAUCGACAAGAUCGGUUGUUUGCAGAAGGUAAUGGAAGUGCUGGCCAAGGGUGGAUUGAGCAAGCAGUACUCGCUUACCGCUGACCAGCUGGUGCCGUUGUUCAUUUUUCUCAUCCUUAAAUCGGGACUAACGCACUGGGUGAUGACGAUAACGUUUCUGAAGGAAUUUCAGUUUAACAACGUAUUCCGGGAGCAGCGCAUCGAGACGGGCGAACAUGGGUUUCUGAUUGCGACGCUGGAAGCGGCCAUCGUGUACAUUAGCUGCGGUAGCAUUACCCGUACGCAACGGCUCGGUAUCAAUCUGGAACCCCGGCCGACUGCAGACACCGAUUCCGUUUCGUCCGAGUUGGAGUUCCGCAAUGCGGACGACUUUCUCAACUAUCUGCUCACGCUAAUGCGUAACGAUGAUGAGGUGAAGAUUGUGGAGCUACUGCAGGACAUCACCAACAAUCAGGCCCUGCUGUGGAAUGUACCCACCGAAGUCGGAUACUACUAUCUGCCCUCGAUAGACGACCAAAAUCAACAGGGUCAAGCCGCGAUACAUCUCGCGGCUAUCCUUGGGAAUGCGAAACUCCUCACGCUCAUACUGUCCCUUCAGCCGAACGUGAAUGCUGUCGAUGCAAAGAACUGGACCGCGCUGCAUUACGCCGCAGCGAAUGGUCAUCAGAAUCUGCUGCUACUGCUGCUUCAUGCCGGAAUUAACAUUAACAGCACCAGCAACGAUGCACACACAUCCCUCCAUUUAGCGUGUCUAAAUGGCCACAGCGGAUGCGUCAAGGCGUUGCUAUACUUUUCCGAGCAUAUGCGCAUCUACGUCGAUGUGAAUGCGGCCACCGAGCUAGGCCACACACCGCUGCAUUAUGCAGCAAAAUGGGGCUUUUUAGAUAUCGUCGAAACGUUGCUCGAGUACACGGCACGGGUCGAUGUGAUGAACAAGCUGGGGGCCACUCCAGUACGCUACGCACACAAUGUCCGCAUUAUGAAGCUGCUCGUCGAUGCACUGCACGAUCAGCGCCGCAAUGCGAACGGUCGUGGCCAGUUAAAUGCAAAGGUUUCUUCUGCUGUACCUCAGACUACGAUCUAUUUUGCAGAAGAUUUCAACAAUUUCAACGACAAUGGUUCGGAGGAAGUGCGCGAACAGCGCACAAUAGAGGAAAUGAAACGUGUCGAAAAGGCACUGGAAGCUAUUGCCGCUCAGGACACAAAGCUGGCCUGUGUCUAUCUGGGACUAGAUGAAGAUUCGUCCCGAAAUCCAGGGGAACGAAACCAUCCACACCAGUUGGCUGGUUAUCCGAUGGAUGAGAAACUUUGUCACCCACUGUGCACCUGUAAUCGCUGCGUAAGACGAUCAUCUGAGUUUUAUAAUCUUCUUCGGAAACCUUUCGGUUUGUCCACAAAACCGCCACCAGACGAAGCGGUCACCGAAAAAGUACGUGUCGAUCUGAAUGCUGUCAAUGGAGAAGGCUACACAGCCUUGCAUGUGGCUGCAAUGCACGGAAACGUAGAAAUGGUUCGUGUGCUGUUGGAGCGCAAGGUCAAUCCCACCAUUCGGCUCAAAUCCGGUGCGACGGCGUUACAUUUGGCAACACGCGAACGCAAGUUACGUAUCGUGCGGAUGCUGCUUAGCCGUUGUACGAUUGCGGACAUCGUAGACCUUAAGGAUAGUCGUGGAGAUACACCACUGCACUAUGCAGUGGAACAGAACAAUUUGCAGCUGGUGCAAAUGCUGCUGGAGGCCGAUGCUGAUCGAAGCAUUCGCAAUUUGCAAGGCAAACGGCCAAUAGAUAUAGCUAAGAAUAACCUCUACUUUAACGUAGUCAAUUUACUUGAGCAGCGAUAACGGCAUGCUCUGACUAGUGUGGCAGUGCUUGUGAAUAUAGGAUGCAGUUUGUACAUAUUCGUUGGAUACAUUAGAGUUGAUAAAAGGAAUAAAUUUAAACCCGACUUGUUUACGCAA